GCAGGGGGAGUAGUGCUCCGUUCACAGUCCUGUGUUAUCAUAGAGGAAGAGAGCAGCGACGACAACAAUAACAACAGCGUUUGGCAGCUGUGCGGUUAGUGCCUAAUGUGAGCUACCAAAUUAACAUUAAACAUUAUAAAAUCACUUUGAUUUAUUUGUUUAGCAUCAGGGCAACACGUUGGAUCUUAAUGAAAUAGACCAUAAAACUCCUGAAGAUAUCAGAAAAGCAGCACUGAACUCUUCUCUGGCAUCAUGGCCCAACAGAGAGGAGUCAACAGCCUUCAGUUCAACCAGGACCAGAGUUGUUUCUGCUGUGCCAUGGAAACAGGUGUUCGUAUUUACAAUGUGGAACCUUUAAUGGAAAAGGGCCAUUUAGAUCACGAGCAGGUGGGCAGCAUUGCUCUGUGUUCAAUGCUUCAUCGAUCAAACCUCUUGGCUGUGGUGGGAGGCGGCGUCAACCCCAAAUUCUCUGAAAUCUCAGUAUUAAUUUGGGAUGAUGCUCGGGAAGUGCGAGACCCUAAAGACAAAUUAGUCCUUGAGUUCACAUUCACCAAAUCAGUGCUGGCUGUGCGCAUGAGGCAUGACAAAAUCAUCAUUGUCCUGAAAAACAGGAUCUACGUGUAUAGUUUUCCUGACAACCCAGUCAAGCUGUUUGAGUUUGACACUCGAGAUAACCCGAAAGGUUUGUGUGACCUGUGCCCUAGUUUGGAAAAGCAGUUGUUGGUUUUCCCUGGGCACAAAUGUGGCAGCCUGCAGUUAGUGGACCUUUCCAACACCAAACCUGGCUCAUCAUCUGCUCCUUUCACUAUCAACGCCCACCAGAGUGAAAUCGCCUGUCUGGCACUGAACCAGCUUGGCAGUGUUGUUGCGUCUGCGUCCAGAAAAGGCACGCUGAUCCGUCUGUUUGACACUACAACACGAGAUAAGCUAGUGGAACUACGAAGAGGAACGGACCCUGCUACGCUCUACUGGUAUUGAAUUUGAGCUUCUUCUUUAUCUAGAUUCCAGCUCU